CAGAGUCAGGGCCAAUGUGUCCCGGAGCGCAGAGACCGCGGGGGCCGGGUUAGACACUGUACCUUGGGGAACAAAACCGUGAAGGCUAAUUAGGACAAGUCGGAACAAGGAACGGGGACGCGGGGAGGGGGGCACGCGCUCCGAGUUGGGCAGUGUCUGGGGCGGUGGCAGGCAGCGCGGGAGCAGGGUAGCCGGGCCCAGGGCGACCUUUGUCCACGGUUCGGAGUUGUCCUGGACUCAGCCCACGCGUUAGGGGCGCGCGCGGUGGCAAUCCCACGUACACUUAGUGACUGGGACCCCAGGGAAAGACCGCGUGUGCCAGUGGCGGACACUCGAUGUGUGGUGUGUCCACGUGUGCAGGCUCGGGAGGGGAGGGGGGCGUAGAAGGCGUGACAAAGACGGACUUUGUGUCUGAGUGUGCGCCUCGCUCCAGCCCGGAGCAGCUAAUCGCCCAGCGUGUGUCUCACAGGAGAGCCAGGACGAAGGUGACGCAGGCUGGGUGUUCGCCACGGAGAGUCGCGCCAAGGUACCCCCGCGCGUGGCCGAUCGCGCGCGCUGGGAGAUGCGGGGAGAGAGAGCCUGCCCGCUGGGGGUGCCGAGCUGCACCCCACACCGCUUGCCCGAGGGAAAGCCCAGUCCAGAAAGUCAGUGCGCGCGAGUGUGCGCGCGCCCGCGCGCGGGGGCGUGGCAGUAAACAGCAACAACCCACACGCCAGCCCCGCCAGGAACUCCGCGCUCCCUCCCCGGCCGGAAAGUGCGACUCGGCCGAGCCCGGAGGGACCCAGCUGGAGCCUGGCCUGGGUGCCAGGAUGGCCACACGUAAAGCCUUGCUGAUGUGCCUGGGACUGCCUCUCUUCCUAUUCCCGGGGGCCCAGGCCCAGAACCAAGCCCCACCUGGCUGCAGCCCAGACCUCAACCCCCUCUACUACAACCUGUGUGACCGCUCUGGGGCUUGGGGCAUCAUCUUGGAGGCAGUGGCUGGGGCGGGCAUCGUCACCACGUUUGUGCUCACCAUCAUCCUCGUGGCCAGCCUCCCCUUUGUGCAGGACACCAAGAAGCGGAGCCUGCUGGGGACCCAGGUGUUCUUCCUGCUGGGGACCCUGGGCCUAUUCUGCCUCGUGUUUGCCUGCGUGGUGAAGCCCGACUUCUCCACCUGUGCCUCCCGGCGCUUCCUGUUUGGGGUCCUGUUUGCCAUCUGCUUCUCCUGCCUGGUGGCCCACGUCUUUGCCCUCAACUUCCUGGCCCGGAAGAACCACGGGCCCCGCGGCUGGGUGGUCUUCACCGUGGCUCUGCUGCUGACCCUCGUGGAGGUCAUCAUCAACACGGAGUGGCUGAUCCUCACUCUGGUCCGGGGAGGUGGCGAGGGCAGCCCUCUGGGCAACAGCAGCACGGGCUGGACCGCGGCCUCGCCCUGCGCCAUCGCCAACAUGGACUUCGUCAUGGCCCUCAUCUAUGUCAUGCUGCUGCUGCUGGGCGCCUUCUUGGGGGCUUGGCCUGCCCUGUGCGGCCGCUUCAAGCGCUGGCGUAAGCACGGUGUCUUCGUGCUGCUCACCACGGCCACCUCCAUUGCCAUCUGGGUGGUGUGGAUCGUCAUGUACACCUACGGCAACAAGCAGCGCAACAGUCCCACCUGGGAUGACCCCACGCUGGCCAUCGCCCUUGCCGCCAAUGCCUGGGCCUUUGUCCUCUUCUAUGUCAUCCCCGAGGUCUCCCAGGUGACCAAGGCCAGCCCAGAGCGAAGCUACCAGGCGGACAUGUACCCGACCCGGGGCGUGGGCUAUGAGGCCAUCCUGAAGGAGAAGGGGCAGAGCAUGUUCGUGGAGAACAAGGCCUUUUCCAUGGACGAGCCAGCCACAGCUAAGAGGCCGGUCUCGCCAUACAGUGGGUACAAUGGGCAGCUGCUGACCAGCGUGUACCAGCCCACCGAGAUGGCCCUGAUGCACAAAGGCCCGUCCGAAGGAGCUUACGACAUCAUCCUCCCACGGGCCACAGCCAACAGCCAGGUGAUGGGCAGUGCCAACUCGACUCUGCGGGCUGAAGACAUGUACUCGGCCCAGAGCCACCAGGCGGCCACACCGUCGAAAGACAGCAAGAACUCUCAGGCUCAGUCCCCGCAAAGUAAAACGCGAUGGUAGAAGCCCUCUUCCCUGGACCGCACGUCAUCCUGAUGUCCUCAGUACUCUGUACCCAGGCUGGGCCGGGCCCAGCACCUCUCCCGUCCUUGUCACUGGAGCUGGGAGGGACCGGAGGCCACCGGCUGAAGCAGAGGACUGAGUGGGGGCCCCGUGAAGCCCUGAGUGUGUGGCUGAGGCCUUAGGGCCACCCCCUUCCUGCCCAGCCCAACUUCCUGGUCCCCAAGUGGCUGCGGCUGCAAGGAGCAGUCUGCAGACCCUAGCCUGCCUCCAUCCCCCCAGGACGCCCCUACCACCAAAUCACAGCCCCUGUGUCCCCAUGCCCAGCUCCUCCAGAUGGCCAUCAUCUCUCCUGUGAAUGACGGGCCCCAGAUGCCCCUGUCUUGAUGCCGUGGAUCUUCCUGGCCUGGCCACUUUUUGGUGUCCGGCAUCAGCUUGUCGCACCUGCACCCAGGUGGAUCUCCGUGAGUCUUGGGAGCCAAGUCAUGGCAGAAAUUGGCCCUUGCCCUUCUCUUCAAGGCCUCUUGCCACCACCUGGGCUUUGGAAGGCCGUUGAGACAGGGGCAGAGCCCCGCCUGAGGCCUGGACACACACUGCUUCUCUUCGCAGCCUUUGGGUCCCAGAUCUGAGCCCCUGGGGUGCUUCGCUGGUGAGCCCCUUCGCACCAUCACCCCGAGUCCUCCCCACCUUCCCACCAACCGUCCCACAGACAACCGGGGUUUCCGGCCCUGCCUGAGCUCUGCUCCCAGCCGCCCUCACCGUCUGGGACCAGGACGCCCGCACUGUUCCCAGCCAGGGAAUCUGUCUUCCUCCAGCACUACCUCACGGACAGCCAUGAAGGCGCUGGGGUGGGCGGGCACGGUGGCUCGGCACCGUUAAUGUGCCCACAGACGUUCUCCUGGGCCUUCUGCCUUGUCUGCUUCUGGUUUCCCAGCCGCUGCAGAAGGUGGCUCCUGGGGCUGGGGCAGGUGUCAGCGCUGAAGUACCUGGGUCGCACAGGCUCUGGGCCAGCAGCAGGGGCUUGCCGUGGCCACCGGAUGUCUCCGGCCAGGGUCUGGGGGCUGCCCUAGGAGACACGGGGUGGGGGUCCAGGCUGCAUGCUCAGCACCAGCCGGGAGUCCUGGAGCAGAUGAGCUGGGGGGUAGGCCUCUCCCGUGACUGAGACUUGCGGGCUGUGGGAGGCCCCUCCAGCAAGUGGGACCCAGGACUAAAGAUUGCGCCGAGUCCUGAUGGGCAGACGUGCAAGUUUCUACCUCACCUGGGGACACCUGGACGUGCUGCUGCUGCUUUCACCACCGGAGGAGCCUUUUUUGUCCUUUGGCCUUAGGAUCUGCUCCAGAGGGUCCUGACAGUCACCCAGGGAAGGUUGGGGGGGGGGAUGUGCUUCUUGGGACCUGCAUGGUGCUGGCACCAAGGACAGAGAUGGGCACAGCGCCAGGCUUGCGGGAAGGUGAUCUCUGCAGCAUCCUCUUGGCUGGGUCGGUCCUGCCUAUGAGUAGCGACAGAGCUGACUUACCCAAGGGGCCCCCCGUGUGCCCCUGGAGGUCAGUCCUCAGUCCAGCAUCACUUCUGGGUUCCAAGCAGCUCUCCAGUGCCACCCUCCUGGCCCCUGCAGCCUGCCUUUGUCACUGGAGUGUUUUUCCAAGGCUAAAUUGGGGAGCAGUCCCCACAGAGUAGGACUGUGCUCCCAAAUGUGACCCCCCCCAGCCCUCUAUUGCACUGGUUGCUCGAUUCCAUGAAUUAUUUCCCCAUCGUGGAAGGGAAGGGGGGCUCUGCGCACCUCACUGCUCUUCUCUAGCUUAGCAGCCCCAAGUCCCUUACAGUGGGUGAGACACCAUCCCGCUUCUCUAGGUGAUAAUUUCAGAGUCCCUGGCAGCCCAGGCAGCCAGAGGGUGCAGCCUGCAGUGAACGUGGGUUUGUUUACAGCCCGAGUCCUCCGAGGGUCUGCAGGGGAGGCUCGGGACGGAUGGGCUUCCAGAAGGUGCAGGUCUGCCCGGAUUCAGGAGUGCCCAUUGGCGUGCCCCACGCAUUCUGGCUGCUGCCAAGUGCAGAAGAUAGGUGUGGUUUUAGGAGGAGCGAGGCACUUUCUCCGAGGUGGAGCUGCAUCACAGCCUUGCAUGGAAGAGAACUAGAAUGAGCAAGAACCUGUUGCAGGCUCAUCAUAAUCCGGCCAACACCUUGGCAAGUUUCUACCCACCACUGUCAAACCUUGUAGAGCAGAGUUUGGACUUCACAAGCCCUCCGAAUUAAAUGACCUUAUCCUCCAUUUGUGAGGGAUUACUGCCA